UGUUUUGCCCAUCUCUAACGCUAAGCCUUAAGGAGUGAGCUGAAAAAACGCACGUUAACAUUAACUUAAAUUAAACUGAUAAAAUGGCACAAAAGUGUGCAUUGGAAGUGUUCUUAAAGAUAAUGUAAUCAAAUAAGCAUAAUCGCGCAACCGAAGACCGCGGGAAAUGCACAUGGUCAGCGAAUUCGCUGCAUCCAGUAUACAUAUGUGCAUAUAUGUACAUACACACACAGCCUCUACAUAAUGUGUAUUGUCCUUUUCCAAGUGCAACAAUAAAAGAAAACUCUGUGCCAAACGAAUAAAUACAUACUACCUGUGUACAUAUUGUAUCGUGAAAACCAAAACCAAUUGAAAUUUAACCCUCAAGGAACCGUUUGCUCCGACAAAUGCGCUGUACUCUGUUACGUAUUACAACAAUAUAAAGCUGUUUAUAGUAAACAAGUUAUAUACAAGUGAUAACGCAUAACCAUGUCCAACUACGAUUUUUUACUUUAUCUAACAGUGCAGCUUGUUCUGGUCUAUCGCCUGAGUAAUGGGGCCAUUCUAACCGAUGGUCAUCACAUUUAUUGCGAGCAAUAUGAUGAAAAGAAUUGCAAGGAUUGCAGCGUCUCCAUUGGGGAAUGUCAGGUGGAAGCGGACAAGUCCCCCAGCUGCUAUGCCCUCUGGAUGUUUAAUGAAACGACGGGCGUUACGACACUCAAAAUGAAAGGAUGCUUCUCUGAUAACCAUGAGUGCAAUCAAACGGAAUGCAUAACCAGUGCUGCACCCAGAAAGAAUUCUUUAUAUUAUUGUUGCUGCAAGGGUUCUCUAUGCAAUAAGAACCACAAAUACAUACCGACCACAACGGAGGCAACUACGCAAGUACCCAAAGAGAAAACGCAAGAUGAUAGCAAUUUAUUGUACAUUUAUAUUGGAUCUUCGAUAUUUGUGCUUCUCACGUUUAUAUUGAUAAUGGGUCUCUUCUUUUAUCGCCGUCGGAAGCAGGCUCAUUUCAAUGAAAUACCCACGCACGAGGCAGAAAUCACAAACACAUCGCCGCUGCUUAGUAACAGGCCCAUCCAAUUGCUGGAGCAAAAGGCCAGCGGACGUUUCGGUGAUGUCUGGCAAGCCAAGUUGCAUGGCCAGGAUGUUGCAGUGAAAAUCUUUCGAAUGCAGGAAAAAGAAUCCUGGACUACAGAGAAUGAGAUCUACAAAUUGCCACGCAUGCGACAUCCCAACAUUUUGGAGUUCUUGGGUGUGGAGAAGCAUCUGGAUAAGCCGGAAUAUUGGUUGAUUUCAACCUAUCAGCAUAAUGGUUCACUCUGCGAUUACCUCAAGUCCCAUACAAUAACCUGGCUGGAACUUUGUCGUAUCGCCGAGUCCAUGGCCAACGGAUUGGCUCAUUUGCAUGAAGAGAUACCGGGCACAAAGGCCGAUGGAUUGAAGCCUUCGAUAGCACAUAGAGAUUUCAAAUCCAAAAAUGUGCUUCUCAAGGGUGAUUUGACCGCCUGCAUAGCUGACUUUGGACUGGCCAUGAUCUUUCAGCCGGGCAAACCAUGUGGCGACACACAUGGUCAAGUGGGCACUCGUCGUUAUAUGGCACCGGAGGUACUUGAGGGUGCCAUUAACUUUAAUAGAGAUGCCUUUCUGCGCAUUGAUGUCUAUGCUUGUGGCCUAGUUCUGUGGGAGAUGGUUUCACGUUGCGAUGUGGUUGGUCCUGUAGGUGAAUUUCAGCUACCAUUCGAGGCGGAACUUGGUCAGCGUCCCACACUCGAUGAAGUACAGGAGAGCGUGGUGACGAAAAAACUGCGUCCACAUUUGCGCAGUUCUUGGCGUGCCCAUGAAGGAUUAAACAUAUUCUGCGACACCAUGGAGGAGUGCUGGGAUCACGAUGCCGAGGCCCGUCUUAGCUCAUCCUGUGUUAUGGAGCGUUUCUCUCAAAUGAACAAAUAUCCAACAACACAAUUGCUCAUUAAGAAUCAUACCAAUAUCGAUGAUGCCAAAGAGUCUACGAACUGUUUAUAGAAGCGGUAUUAAAUCACAGCCAAGGAGUAGUCGAAAGGAGGGGCUGUGAUUUGCUCAAUAAUACACCGUCAUCAGUUGGCUUUAAUGAGUCAAUAUUCUAUGGAUUGUAGGCAGCUUUUAACAUUUGAGAGUGUGAAAAGAAGAUGAUAUGCGCAGCUAUUCUCCUAUAAGAGACAAGUCGUGAUUAUCCGCAAUAGUUUUAUAUAUAAAGUUUUGAUUAUCUUUGGGGUUUUCAAUGGAGCCAAUAUAUUGAAUAUCCCAUAGAAUUGAUUGAUACAAUUAUAAGCUAAACAGAACAAAACGUUAGACGUUGCAGGAAGUGCUUGGCCAUGGGAGCCGCCCAAUUGUAUGAAUAUACAAAUAGAAUGUUUUAGUGUUUAACUCAUCUGACAUUUACUUCAUUGACUGAUAACCGUAUAUAUAUUAAUACUAAUUGAAGGAAUAUUUUUUGUUUUUCGCAUGUGUAUUUUAAUUUUGUCGUGUUUAUUUUGUUUAUUUCGUAACAAAAAUUUUUGCAAUUGUCACCUGUUGAAAUUAUUGUCAAGCCAGUCCUUUUCUUUUUUAUUUUUUCCUCCUUAAUUAUUUUGUUUUGUUCAUUUAUGCGUCAACGAAACGUCUCGAUAAUGCUAGUUACAUAUAUAUUAUAUAUAAAAAAAACAUAUAUAGUGAGCAGCUAAGUCUAAAGUAUAAUUAUAUUUUAAUUUGAUCAUUUAGUUUUAAUACUUUCAUUUGCCUCCCCCCGCACAAUUAUUUGUGUUUGUAUGUUGUAUAUGAAAUAAAUUACUUUUUACAUUUGA